UGAGUAAAGUUUGAUAACUCUUCCAAAGUGCACUGCAGGAGUUUUAUAUCCAUGUUACUCUUGAAGCUGGCUUUAACUUCAGCUCACAGUGGACACAUCUGACACAGAGGAGAGCUUUUGAAGAUGAGCUCCAGACUGUUUGAGAAAGACGGUGAGGAUGAUGAGGAUGAAGAAGAAGAGGAAGAAGAAGAGGAGAGCGUCAACCCAACAGAAGUGACAAUGAGUCAGAUCGUGAUGCCUUGCCACAGCAACCACCGCCAGGAGCUCAGCGUGGGGCAGCUGCUCAAAUGGAUAGACUCCACUGCAUGCCUCUCCGCUGAGAGGCAUGCUGGGAGUCCCUGCGUCACCGCCUCCAUGGAUGACAUCCACUUUGAACACACCAUCAGAGUGGGCCAGGUGGUGAACAUCAAGGCAAAGGUCAACAGAGCCUUUAACACCAGCAUGGAGGUGGGCGUACAGGUGAGCUGUGAGGACUUGUUCUCUGAUCGCCACUGGAGAGUUUGUCACGCCUACGCCACCUUCGUCACGCAGCGCACUGACACGGGACAGAAGGUGAUCUUGAAGCCCUCUGUACCUCGCACUCAGAAGGAGCAGGUUGAGUACAGCGUCGCCGCUGAGAGGCGGCGGGUACGGAUGGUGCACGAUGACAUCAUCAAAGACCUGCUCUCCCACGGGUCCAUCCAGCAGGCUGAUGUUACGGCAGAAGCCAAUGCAGUGGCAGCAGAGAAGACCAAGGUGGAGAGUGUGGAGCUGGUUCUUCCGCCACACGCCAACCAUCAGGUGAACACGUUUGGAGGACAGAUCAUGGCCUGGAUGGUGAACGUAGCUAUGAUAGCUGCCAGCCGUCUGUGUCAGGCUCACCCGACUUUGAGGACCAUCGACAUGUUCACCUUCAGAGGACCGUCUCAGGUUGGAGACAGACUGCUGCUCAGGGCUAUCGUCAACAACGCCUUUAAGAACAGUAUUGAGGUGGGGGUGCGUGCAGAGGCCUACCAAGGGGUUGGACCCAACCGACACAUUAACUCUGCGUUCAUGACCUUCGAGGUCCUGGAUGACCACGAGAAGCCACGGACGCUACCACGGAUAAGACCUGAACCCCUGGAAGGGGAGCGACGCUUUCAAGAAGCCAUAGCCAGGAAGAAGAUCCGAUUGGACAGGAAGUACAUCAUCUCCCGGAAGCAGACUGAGGGGCCUCUGUCUGUUCCCUGGGAUCCCAGAAACCAGGUUUAUAUAAGCUACAACAAUGUGUCAGCUCUGAAGAUGUUGGCUGCAAGAAAAAAGUGGCGCCUGAGCUCUGAGAAAGAUAAGGUUCGUCUCUUCACCCUGGAGCAGAAGUCCAUCUUGAGUAUCCGGGUGGAGUCAGAGGUGGAUGUUCCUGCACGCAGAGCCUUUUGUCUGCUGGCUGAGCUGAGCAACAGAACCAAAUGGGACACACAUUAUCAGAACUGUGAGUUAAUCCACCGGGUUGACGAUGACGACUUCUUGUACCGCGUGGUGACUCCAUCAGUGCAUCACGGAGGCCUGCUCCCACCUUCAGCCUGUCAGGGGGAAGGGGUUCUCCAGGACUUCAUCUUGUUGGCGUCCAAGAGGAAGCCGUGUGGCAUCGGAGAUCCGUAUGUCAUCGCCCUGCGCUCAGUGUCUCUGCCCACUCACCCUCCAGCUGAGGGGAUUAACAGAGGAGAGGUUCUGUGUGCUGGAUUCACCAUUCUAGAGACCAAAAACAACACCUCCAUCAUCAGUUACUACAACCAAGCCUCUCCAGAGGUUCUGCCCUACAUCUCCACUGACAUCGCCGGCCUCUCCUCCACUUUCUACCACAGCUUCUGCUCCUGCAGCCAGUACCUGACGAGGAACAGACGGCAGUCUACCCCCAUGACGCAAACAAGCCUAGAGCAGGCCUCGAGUACAGACAGUCCCACCUAUGAUAUAGAAGCUGACGGCCUGUCGAUGGCUCUCUGCAGCACGCAGCUGUAGUCAGUCAGUGGAGCUCUCCAGGCCAGUUUAGAGAUAGGAGUGGACUCAAACUGCUGUUCAUACAACAUGGUACCAUUCACUGUCAGUCAUCCAAAGAUCAAACCUGCGUUCAAACUUCUGACACUUUGUUUUGAUACUAAGAUUAUAGGAAAACAUGCAAUAAGAACAGAGUCGAUAUUAUAUAAAGUGCAACAACAUGACUUCAGAAAACACUGAGGCUUAUCUGAACUUUGUUUGUGCACAAAUAAACAGGAUCCCAGUGAGUCAGUUCCCCCGGCACUCUAAGCCUAUAGCAGCAUAA